AUGGCACUUACAACGAACAAGGUUUCCAGCGGUCCUAUCUUGACUAAUAGAACGACACUUUGUAAAUCAAAUGGAGAACAUUAUUUUCCCUCAUCAGCCAGGAUCAACAGAGUACAGUUUUCAAAAGUUAGACUGGAACAUAGACAUCAGAGCAAUGGAUUUAUGCUCAAUGAGAGAUCAACCUUAUUCAAUGACUGGUUUGUUAAUGGAAAACCAGUAGGUUUAACCUCCAAGACAUCUCCUGUCUCAUGUAAAUCAACAGGAGCAAAUAAUACUGAAGAGAAAGAAUGUGUUACAACUUCUGAACAUGCCGAAGAUGGGAAAAAUGACCGCGCUCAUUCUGUUCGUGGCUUGGCUGAAGCUUAUAGAUUUGCCUGUAACGAUGCAAGGUUUCUCUCGCGGGGCAUAAUGAGGAUGGAUGCGCGUGCUCGCCAAGAUGUUGCUUUUCUAGGGACAGAAUUUCUCAAACUUGAUGCUCGGGCGAGAAAGGAUACUGAGAAAAUUGACCGUGGUGUGAAGGAAAAAGCUAAGCGCCUUAAUCGUAUUGCUACUAUCUUGAAAGAUAUAGCUGAGUCCAGAUUGAAAAGUGCCGCCGAUAAGCACUGGAGUGAUGGGGCUUUAGAGGUAAAUCUGUUAAUCUCUAAUCUAUCAGUUUUGAUUUGCAACUGA